CAUGAUGAAUUACCCCAUCCUAGAUGGUUUUCUGCUUGAUCCGAGGUCAAUUGGCUGAAAUCAGGGGUCUCAGGAAAACGCUUAUAACUCUUGAACGGAACAAGCUAGAAAGGUCGGCCUUUCGUAGAUCGAAAGAGAACAAUUUUUUCUAUCACUAUAUAAAUUGAAGAAUCGAGUUAAAUUGAAAAAUUUCUCCAGACACUGGUGUUCAACAUCUUCACUGAGAUUGCUCCUGAUUGGUCCAUUGUUAACCAAUCAUAUUUUAGCAUGGAUUGAUGCGCCUAAGUCUUCUCUUUCUAAUGGCGAAAACCGCACCACUCUAUCUUGUUCCUAUCAAAAGUUAUUGAAAAAAUGGUCACGGCUCUUAUAUUUUGAAACGGACAUUAGUACAUGUUAAUUUAUUACAAACAAUUGAUUGUACAAAUCAAUGUUCACCAUAUUGCACUGAACCUAUUUUACAACAAAAAUAAACAUUAGUUUAUCCAACAUCAGCACUUGUUUCAUUGAAAUGUCCAUAUAAUGCUAAACCAAAAGCAAAACUAACAUGGUUUAAAGAUGAACAAGUAUUUUCACCAGAAUUAUAUGAAUUGUUUUCAGUUGAUAAUAUAUAUUUAAAUAUUUCUAAAAUAACAAUGUAUGAAGCAGGAAUGUAUACAUGUAUUAUUGAAAAUAGUUUAGGAAAAAUUAGUCGAUCAUUUCAAUUAAUGGUACAAGGACAUAGUCUCGAUCGACCAGAAUCUAAUCCACAUACAAUGUCUGAAGAUGAAGUUGAAUUAUUGACUAUUAAACGUUUACAACAAAAUGAUACAGGUGUUUAUUUAUGUCGUGUUUUAAAUGAAUAUGGUUUUAAUGAUUUAAUUCAUCAAUUUACUGUUUUACCUGAUUCUGAAAGACCUUUAUUAUUACAAAAUAUUUCAACAAGUAAACGACAUUAUAUAUCAAGUCGAUUAUCUGAUGAAUUAAUAAUAUUAAUUGAUUGUAUUAUUGGAAUAUCACUUUUUGCAUGUAUUUUUUUUCUUAUUUAUCAUUUUCGUAAUGAAAAAAGUUUACAACAAACAUUAUUAGCAACACGUAUAUUAGCUACAAGAGGUAUUAGUAAUUUAAAAAAUAAUCAAUUAUAUCGAAAUAAUUGUCAUAAUUUUCAAACUGAAGGAACAAUAUCAACAAUUAUUUCAUCAUAUUAUGAUGAUCAAUGUGAAUUUUCUCGAGAAAAUCUUGCAGUUGGUCAUUUAAUUGGAAAAGGAGCAUUUGGUUUUGUAUAUCAAGGUGUAGCAAUGGGUUUUAAUUCAAAAGAAAAAACUUAUAUUUUAGAUGAUGCAACACCAGAAGAAGUUGAAAAUUUACUUAAAGAAUUAUCAGUAAUGAAAAUGGUUGGUAAACAUGUUAAUAUUAUAUCAUUUCUUGGUUGUUAUGCAAAAGGAGGUCAAGUUAUAUUAAUUGUUGAAUAUGCUAAAUAUGGUAAUUUACGUGAUUAUUUACGUCGUAAACGUCCACCUGCUCAUGCUCUAUCGGGUUUAUAUGAAAGUCCUUCAGAUACGGAUAAUUAUGAACAAGAAACUAUAAUUACUGUUAUUGAUUAUAUAUGUUCAUUAACAACAAUUGAUUUAAUUUUAUUUUGUUUACAAGUUGCAUCUGGAAUGAAAUAUUUACAUUUAAAAAAAUGUAUUCAUCGUGAUCUUGCUGCUCGAAAUGUUUUAUUAGCAGAAAAUCGUAUAUGUAAAACAGCAGAUUUUGGAUUUGCAAGAGAUUUAACACAAACAUAUUAUUAUUGA